GCUCCUGCUGCUGCCGCUGCUGCGCACGGACCCGGCGCGCGCCCACAGUGAGGUGUUUGGCGACGCGGAGCAGGUGCGCAUGACCUCCGAGGGCUCCGACUGCCGCUGCAAGUGCAUCCUUCGGCCGCUGAGCAAGGACGCCUGCAGCCGGGUGCGCAGCGGGCGCGCGAAGGCCGAGGACGCCUACGCCGCUGUGGAGACGGUGAGCGCGGGCAGCGACUGCCGCUGCUCCUGCACGGCGCCGCCUGCCUCGCUCAACCCCUGCGAGCGCGAGUGGAAGAUGGAGAAGCUCAGGAAGCAAGCGCCCGAGCUCCUCAAGCUGCAGUCCAUGGUGGACCUCCUGGAAGGCGCCCUGUACAGCGUGGACCUGAUGAAAGUGCACGCGUACAUCCACAAGGUGGCCUCCCAGAUGAGCACACUGGAGGAGAGUGUGAAGGCCAACCUGAGCCGGGAGAACGAGGUGGUGAAGGAGAGCGUGCGCCACCUCAGCGAACAGCUCCGGAGCUACGAGAACCGCUCAGCCGUGGUGCUGCGGCUGCAGAAGGAGCUGUCUGGCCUGGGCCUGCAGCUGCUGCAGAGGGACGCGGCCGCCACUGCCGCCACCCCGGCCCCAGGCCCUGGCCACAAGGCCCAGGACACGGCUGGCGGGAAAGCCAAGGAGGCCAACAAACACAGCAGUGUGCAGAGCAGCCUUGCGGACAGAGGCCUCCCCAGAUCGCCCAAGGAGAAGCUGCUGACAGUGGAGAAGCUGAGGAAGGAGGGUGCCAAGGGCCGGCUGCCCCCGCCCACUCCCAGGCCCCGCUCCCUGGCGCAGCAGCAGGCGCUGAUCCGGGGCUUCACCUACUACAAGGCGGGCCGGCGGGAGGCGCCUGCAGCCGCGGCAGACAACGCCCUCAAAGGCGCUUCAUGGCUGGAGCAGCUGCCACUCAAGGCGGAGAGCAGGUACCCCGAGCCCAACUCCACCAAACAGGGUGAGGCUGCGCCCAAGGCUUCAGAGAGUGCCAACCUGGGCCCUGGCACCACCAGCUCUGUCCCGACUACCACCACUACCACCCCGACUCCCACCACCCUGCCCAGUGAGCCACCUGCACACUUCGAAGUCUCGAGCCAAGGUAAGGGGCCCAGCUGCGAGGGCACCCUCCGGGCUGUGGAUCCCCCAGUGAGGCACCACAGCUACGGGCGCCACGAGGGGGCUUGGAUGAAGGACCCUGCGUCUCAGGACGACAGGAUCUACGUCACCAACUACUACUAUGGGAACGGCCUGGUGGAGUUCCGCAACCUGGAAAACUUCAAGCAAGGCCGCUGGAGUAACAUGUACAAGCUGCCCUAUAACUGGAUCGGCACCGGCCACGUGGUGUACCAGGGCGCCUUCUACUACAACCGGGCCUUCACCAAGAACAUCAUCAAGUACGACCUGCGCCAGCGCUUCGUGGCCGCCUGGGCCCUGCUGCCCGACGUGGUGUACGAGGACACCACCCCGUGGAAGUGGCGUGGCCACUCAGACAUCGACUUUGCGGUAGACGAGAGCGGCCUGUGGGUCAUCUACCCCGCAGUGGACGACCGCGACGAGGCCCAGCCUGAGGUGAUCGUGCUGAGCCGCCUGGACCCCGGCGACCUCUCGGUGCACCGGGAGACCACGUGGAAGACGAGGCUGCGGCGGAGCUCCUACGGGAACUGCUUCCUGGUGUGCGGCAUCCUCUACGCCGUGGACACCUACAACCAGCACGAGGGCCAGGUCGCCUAUGCCUUUGACACCCACACGGGCACUGACGCGCGGCCCCAGCUGCCCUUCCGCAACGAGCACGCCUACACCACCCAGGUCGACUACAACCCCCGGGAGCGCCUGCUGUACGCCUGGGACAACGGCCACCAGCUCACCUACACCCUCCACUUCGUGGUCUGAGCAGGAGCGGCGGGGGAGGGGAGGAGUUUCCCCAGCAGCUCCUGCGGCCAUGUCAGCAAGUAUUUAUUGGGGUGUCCAGGAGCUGGGUGGCAGGCCUGUGGCGGGAGUCAGAAUAGCGCUCCCUUCAUACCCACCAGGUGACGCUGGCUUCUACUUGCAAAGCGUCAAGCUUUACAUGCAAUCAACCUUUUAGCCCUCCUGACGCCUCCCUCGAGGUAGAAAUCAUAGC